CAGCACUUCCAUCACCAUGAGGGCAACAGUGGUAGCUCUUUCCCUGUGUCUUGUGAUAUUAGCAUGCCGCAGCCAAGAGACUCCACCUGGCCCUCCUGGACCAACUGAAGGGCCACAACCAACUGGUCCACCAGGCCCACCAACCGGAGGUCCUGAUCCAACAGGUCAACCUACUGGAGGUCCUGAACCAACUGGCCCACCAGGCCCACCAACUGGAGGUCCUGAACCAACUGGAGAGCCCCAACCAACUGGAGGGCCACAACCAGCUGGUGGGCCUGAACCAACUGGAGGGCCACAACCAACUGGUGAACCUCAGCCUACUGGAGGUCCUCAACCUACUGGACCACCAGGGCCGACAGGCGGUUUUUAGCCUGGUGUUUUCUAGUGAUGCAAGAUUAUCGCACCUGGAAACGUUAAAAGAUUUCAGCUUUUACUUUUGUAGUUGACUUAAACUGCAUUAAUUGAUGGAAGUGUUCUUAUGUGUCCUAAAAAUCAAUUCUGGUUAAACCAGCAAUGAAAAAGCUUUACUAACGAUUUAUUUACUGUGUACUGUAAAAGCAACCAGUUCUCCAAAAAUAUGGUACCAAUAUGUAAAAUUCAUUACAGGAGUUACUAUCGGUUCAUAUCUCAUCAAAUUCUUUACCACUUGAUUUGCGGUUCCAAAAGAUGCUGUACGUUGCCUAAGGAGUCCGUGUUACCGACUACGUGCACCUCAUGAAUUGAUAUGAGCAAAAAUCAUACUUUCAGGAAACACUCUUGUCAUAUAAAAAAAGCCCUGUUCAAAGUUUACUAAUACAUAACAUUUGAACGAUAUUCAGGCUUUGAUAUUCUGUAAUACAACUUGUGAUCUAAGAUGA